AUGAACACUACACCACACCCAGAUUUCACUCCAUUCCAAAACGUGGUACAUGUCGAGGGCAAGGAACCAGAGGUUAUCGAACUUGAAGGAAGAACUGAGCCUCUCCAUGUAAAAAUCCCAGGUGGAGCUAAGUUCCACACCACUGUCAAGUUUAAGGUCAAGAACAGGAAGAUGGAAAACUUGCGUUACAAGCAAGUGGUCAAGAAAGGUGGAAUUCCAUUCAAAACGAAGAUGGUUGAGUUGGGUACCCGUGAGCCAUCUGAAACUGAGGUAUACGAAGUUGAGACCGAAGAAGAAGUAUCACCAGGUGGAUGGGUGACAAGAGGUGUGUACCAGGCCUUUUCAACUUAUUAUGAAGGAGAUGAAGAGUUGUUAACCAACCAAUGGACAUUAGAAAUAACCAAAUAG